UUCACUAACUAGAAACAGAGCUUGUGGUUGAACUUGCAAUACAACAAAGAUAAAAGAUUGCUGACAGUACUGUCAACUAAUUUUGGAACAUAGCCUUGGGAAAAGAUAAAUUUUUGGAGCAAACGCAGCCAGCCCGCAGUCUAUUCCCCGGACCGAUUUCAAAUAAUUGUUCAAAUUUCAUUUCUAAGUCGUAACUUGAAAGGGAAUUGAAUAAUUCCAUGAACCCAGACUUGUCCUGAUGGUCAAGGGUUAGUAAGGGCUUUUCCAAUAUACAAUAACAAUUAAGAAAAGGAGUGAUAAAUCUUCUGUGACGCUGGACAUAAAACUACUGAGCAUAUCACAGCGAAAGUAAGCACUUUGGCAUAAUAACGCGGGAACGAACGGGAAUUCUCUUCAAGUGGUGGGAAGCACAGCAGACAAGACGGCUUCGCAAAAAAAAUCGUCCAGGAAGAUGGCGGAUACGGAAGAACUGAAGAGUAUGGUAUUAAGUUUUCGGGUAUCUGAACUUCAGAUGCUUUUGGGUUUUGCUGGGCGAAACAAAUCGGGUCGGAAAAACGAACUUCAAACACGUGCUUUGGAACUAUUACGCCUUCGAUCUCAUCCUGUGCAGCUAAAAAUCCGCGACCUUUAUAGAACCAUACAGCAAGAUCAACUUGCCGCACAUCAGCUGUAUGGUCAAGGUGGUGACAACGGUGAACCUCAAAUCGAUCAAAACAUGCAUUCCCGUAACUAUUAUACAAGGCAGGGCCACGCUCAGGCAAUGGGUCAACAACAGCAAGCCCAAUCAUCUAUUUCAAGUGGGAAGGAUUUGCCCCCGGCACAUCAGGCAUCGAUGCCUCAAUCGCAAGUAGCACCUAGAGCGUCAUCUGUUUACCAACCAGCUGGAUACACUAGUGUUACACCGCAGCAACGCUCUUCUAGUGCUGUUUAUAAUCCCUAUCCCUAUCCUACAAAAGUACUACCUCCUCCUCUGCAAUUACAACAACCAAACCAGUAUCCAGUUCACCCUGAUGUCAGACUCAAAAAGUUGCCAUUCUUUGACAUGCUCGGAGAGCUGUUGAAGCCAUCAAGUCUUAUGCCACAAGGAUCUAUGAGAGUUCAAGAGGGUACUUUCACAUUUCACUUGACGCCACAACAAUCUACAGACAUUGCUAGCUCACGAGACUGUCGUGCGGGGAGUAAAAUGGACUAUACUGUACAGGUUCAGAUGCGAUUUUGCUUGCAAGAAACUUCUUGCGAACAGGAGGACUACUUUCCACCUAGUAUCAUAGUUAAAGUCAAUGGAAAACUGUGUCCAUUACCGAAUCCCAUACCAACUAACAAGCCUGGUGUUGAACCUAAGCGACCACCUAGACCAGUGAAUAUAAGUCCAUUAGUGAAAUUAUCACCAACGGUUGGAAAUCAAAUACAUGUCUCAUGGUCUGCAGAUUAUGGUAGACGAUAUGCCAUUGCUGUUUACCUCGUUAGAAAGUUGACGAGCUCAGAGUUGUUGGCUAGAUUGAAAAGCAGAGGUGUCAGACAUUCCGACUACACUCGCGGACUGAUAAAAGAAAAACUAAACGAAGAUGCAGAUAGUGAAAUAGCAACAACUUCGUUAAGAGUUUCACUGGCUUGUCCAUUAGGAAAAAUGAGGAUGAGUACUCCUUGCAGAGCUUCGACUUGUUUGCAUCUACAAUGUUUUGACGCAUCUUUAUUUCUGCAAAUGAAUGAACGAAAGCCCACAUGGAAUUGUCCUGUUUGUGACAAGCCUGCACUUUAUGACAAUUUGGUUAUUGAUGGUUAUUUCCAAGAAGUAUUGAAUUCAAAUAAAUUGCUGCCCGAUGGUAACGAGAUACAGUUAUUACAAGAUGGCUCCUGGGAAAAUUUGGUUGUGAAAAAAGAUAAGGACAAGGACAAAGACAAGAAUCAAGUCAAUGCUGAGGUUAAAUCGUUACAGAAAGUGGAAACCUUAGAUCUUGAUGAGUCUACCAAUCCAUCUCCAAUGUCGCCAAACGAGAAGAAACGUGCUGUUGUCAUUGAUCUAAUAUCAGACAGUGACGAUGAUUCAAACCCAUCACAAAGUUCCAAUAAGAAACUCAACACUGGGACUUCGUCGCCACAAAAAACUCAGCCCGGUGCUCAUAGUGCAAUAAGUAGUACUAGAGAAUCUCCGGAAUUGAUGAUAAUUGAUUUGGAGUAAGAAGGUUCCUGUACAUUGACGACUAACUGUUUGAGGCUGUGAGAACCCGGAAAAGAAUCCAGGUUUAGUAUCGAACAUAAUGAAUAAAAACAGUACAAAGAUAAUGCAUUGAGCCUAAGCUCUGUGAGAAAGGCGAUGCAUGGCUGUAGAAAUUGGACGUCAUGACAUGUAACACGGUUUCGUUUCUUCUGUAUUUAUUUACUGAUCAUUUAUGUCUGGAAUUACGCCAACAACUUCUAAUCAGCUGAAGAGUAUUUGUAGAUACACACUGUAGACAUAUUAUUGUAUAAAAGCUCGUAAACCUUUUUUUAUUUUCAUAAAAACAGAACAACUUACCAGAUUUAAGGAUAUCUACUCAUGUUUUAAACUAUUGUGGCGAGAGCAUCCAUAAAAUGAAGAGAGAACAUAAUAUGUGUGAAAUGAUUGUCACUUUGUUAAGGACAAUUCAAAAUUCGGCAGACAAUUGAAUCAUUUUCAUGAUAUUUUAUUCUUUUUACAAUUUUUGUUCUUCCACCAAGUUUGGUGUUUGGCUUUGAACCGUAUUCUUUUGAUUGAAAUUUUACCACGUAAGUGGCACAAUCAAAGAUGCGUUACACGUAUACAACGUACAGUUAAUGAUAUUCUUUUUCUUUCGUUUACUUUUACUCCAAACUAGCUAUCAAAAAUAUGUUUAAUGGUAAGAAAGAGCUUGUAUGUAACUUGCGAUAGAAUGAAAUAGGCACUGAACGCAGUCGCGUAACGUUACCAUAUUAUGUACUGGAUUAUUUCGUAUUUUUGUAUAAGAAAUGAGGUAAAAUAAAAAAAACUUCUCACUCG